ACAUAUAUUUUCAUAAAACAAUGUUUACACCUUUUUGCAAAAUGGAAACACGUGAUCAUUACGUUCCCGCCACACCACCGGAAUAUCAAUCGAAUGGUAUUCCUCUGGAAGGAAGCCAAACAGAUGGAUCUUAUUACGACACCUGUGCAACAUCCGGCAGUUUUGAUCGAGUCGGAAGCCUCUAUCAUAAUGUUUAUUGUGUGAAAAGUGUGCCCUACCAUGGUGGAGAUUUGUGUCCCAACUAUUGGAUUAAAAAUUACACGUCGCAAGCUUCUCCGGGAUAUGCAGAAUCACAGCCUUUCAUCAGCUCAUCCGAAGAUCAUCGAUAUCCAGCAGUCCAGACAACCUCCCAGUAUUCUUACGAACCUCAUUGUGUCCAACAACCAAACAGUGGUGAACUGGAUGUGUGCAAUUAUGGUACCAAUAGCUUUCAAGAAUCGACCGUUAUAAGUGGAAAUAAUUCAUGUUCUUAUGAUGGCUUCGAUGCCAUGUUUAAUGUUGCUCCCACGCCCAAUGACAUAUACUCAAACAAAAUAAGUGACCACAGUGCAUCCCAGUGUAGUAAACCGGAAGCUACGGAUGACACAGGAUAUUUGGAAGACCCAAACAGUGGCAUCGAUCAUUUGAGUGUAGGACGCAGUGCAACCGAUGGUAACGAAUCCAUUUCACCAAAAGAUGCAACCAUCGAGAAACAUAACCAUAAUUCCACCGAUAUGGAUGGCGUCAUCACACCGAUAGGGACUCCAACCAAAACUACCACCAGAAACACGAGCGGAAGCAAUCGGAAGGAACGAACGGCUUUCACUAAGACUCAGGUAAAGGCACUAGAAGCAGAAUUUGCCCACUCCAACUACCUGACCCGCCUGAGACGGUACGAAAUUGCUGUCGCCUUGUAUCUCAGCGAACGGCAGGUCAAAGUGUGGUUUCAAAAUCGUAGGAUGAAAUGGAAACGUAUUAAAACUAGUUCUUCAAACUCAUCUAAGGAGAAACAAUCUACAUAAUCUGAUAAGCAAAAAAAUACAUUAUUUAUUAAACUUACAUUAAUCACUUAUUGACAUCCAUUGGG